AUGUCGGGUAUAGUCAUUCUCUUGGUUUAUGUGGAUGAUAUUAUCAUUACUGGCAUUGACUGUGGUUUGAUUACUAAGCUUCAGCAGUUGUUACAUGCAACUUUUCAUAUGAAAGAUCUUGGCCAGCUCACAUAUUUUUUAGGAUUGGAAGUUCAUCAUCAGGCUAGUGGUAUUUUCGUGAACCAGCAUAAGUAUAUUCAAGAUCUUAUCACUUUGGCUAGUUUGGAGGACACUUCUUCUGUUGAUACUCCUAUGGAGGUCAAUGUCAAAUACAGGAAAGAUGAAGGGGACUUUCUGAAUGAUUAUACUCUCUAUCGGCGCUUGGUUAGUCAGUUUAUGUCUGCUCCUCGGCAUCUCCAUCUUGCUGCUGUUCGACGCAUCAUCCGCUAUCUUCGAGGUUCACCUACUCGUGGGUUAUUCUUUCCUACCGGCUCCUCACUUCAACUUGUUGCCUAUAGUGAUGAUGAUUGGGCUGGGUGUCCAGAUACACGUCGAUCUACUACGGGUUGGUGUAUGUUUUUAGGUGAUGCCUUAAUUUCUUGGAGAUGCAAGAAACAAGAUCGUGUGUCUAAAUCCUCUACUGAGGCAGAGUAUCGUGCUAUGUCUACUACUUGUUCUGAAAUUGUAUGGCUACGCGGUCUUCUUGAGGAGCUUGGGUUUCUUCAGACUACUUCUACCCCUCUUCAUGCUAAUAACACUAGUGCUAUUCAGAUUGCCACCAAUCCCGUUUUCCAUGAACGCACCAAGCACAUUGAGGUUGAUUGUCAUUCUAUUCGAGACACCUUGGAAAGUCGGGUGAUAUCUCUUCCUCACAUCUCUUCUGAUCUCCAAGUGGCUGAUGUCUUCACCAAAGCUAUGACUCGACAACGGCAUCAAUUUCUUGUUGGCAAAUUGUUGCUAGUUGACUUACCAUCAUUAAUUUGA